AUGAGGUCUCAGUUCAAAGACGAGCAUCCCUUUGAGAAGAGGAAGGCUGAAUCGCUUCGAAUUCGUACAAAAUUCCAGGAUAGGGUUCCUGUCAUUUGUGAAAAAGUGGAAGAGUCGGAUAUUCCAGAAAUUGACAAGAGAAAGUAUCUUGUUCCAUCCGACCUUACUGUGGGUCAGUUUGUCUAUGUGAUUAGACGCCGCAUUCAUCUUCCUUCCGAAAAAGCUAUUUUCAUAUUUGUUAAUGACAUCCUUCCACCAACUGGAGCUCUGAUGAGCCAGAUAUAUGACCAGUACAAAGAUGACGACGGAUUUUUAUACAUCCUUUACAGCGGAGAAAACACGUUUGGAAAUUCAUUAGGUAACUAG